AAUAUUACAAGAAAUUUCUACAUAUUUGUCGCAUCUGUUGUCACCUCGCAGGAGGAUUCAUUCCCUCUCAAGUCACACUUGAUGGAAGUGUUGCUGGAAAGUCUGGUAAAAUCCCUGAAUUCUCCAAUCCAGGAGGAGCUUGGAUUGCUUUGUGGUAUUGAAACAGAGAUACAAAAGCUUUCAAGCUUGCUAUCAGCAACCAAAGCAGUGAUUGAAGACGCCGAGCAGAAGCAGUUUACUGACAAGGCAAUUCAAGAUUGGCUGCAGAAGCUCAAUCUUAUUGCUUAUGAAGUCGAUGACAUAUUAGAUGAUUAUGCAACCGAAGUCUCGAGAGAACCGAAGUGCAACAACAUAUGUUGCAAUGUAUUGGAUUGUCUUCCAGCAACAUCAAACAUAUGGUUUCGGCACAGGCUUGGAGCAAGGAUGAAGAAAAUCAAUCUAGGGAAAAGUAGAUUUAAAGAAAGAUCGUAUGCACCAAUGUCACAACAUCUUCCCUUUAAAUGAAAACAGAGGCAUGUAAUGCACAGGAAGAAAUUAGGGUAUAUCACGCAAUACAGAUGCAAGAAAACAGGAAAACGACA